AAACCAAUGUCUCUCAAAUAUUGAAAAGGAUUUCAAACACUGAAAGACUCCGAGCAAUGCUUUGUCAAUGGCGGUCUACAGAUGCCUCCGAAGCUUGAUAAACCGCAGUUCAAAUCAAUCAUCAAGACAAUUUCGCACUCUUGCUCUCUUUUCCCCAACUCCAUUUCAGCCAAUAUCUCCUCUUCUCUCUUCCCCUAUCCGUUCUCGUCUUCUUUCUCCUCUCUCCAAAUGGAUGAUCCCCUUCCAUGGCCCUCUAUUUCUGUCAUCCCCUCCUUGGAACCUCUCUCAAUCCGCAACACCUCUCUACUUGCACCGAAAGAUCGAAGCUUUAAGAUUGCUUCACAAGAGAAAUACUCCAAUCAAAUUAGGGUUUGGAUCCAUUGCGGCUGAUCAUGGGUUACUGAAAGCGCCUUUUACUGAAGAGUUAAAGGAUGGCGGUGUUGGAAUUGGUGCUCGUGUUUUAGUGGAGAAUUUUGUCAAUCUUCCUAAUUUGGUCUCAAUGAGCAGAUUGGUUUCCGGUCCGUUUAUAGGAUGGAUGAUCUUACAUGAUAUGUACUUUCCAGCAUUUUCGGCUUUGGUUAUAUCUGGAUCAACAGAUUGGUUAGAUGGUUAUCUAGCAAGGAAGAUGGGAAUUAACUCUGUUGUUGGUUCAUAUCUUGACCCAUUGGCUGAUAAGGUUUUGAUAGGAUGUGUUGCACUAGCAAUGGUAGACAAGGGUCUCUUGCAUCCUGGGCUCGUUGGAAUUGUAAUUAUGCGUGAUUUUGGCCUUGUUGGAGGGGCAAUAUACCAAAGAGCAAGUAGCUUAGGCUGGAAGUGGAAAAGUUGGCUUGAAUUCUUCGAUAUUGAUGGAACUCAUCGUUUGAAAGUUGAACCUCUCUUUAUUAGCAAGGUUAAUACAGUGUUUCAGUUAGCAUUGGUUGGUAUGGCUUUGCUGCAACCCGAAUAUGGAACUGUUGAAACUCAAACAUACGUUACAUAUUUGAGCUGGCUGGUGGCUGCAACAACUGCUGGUUCAACAGCAGCAUAUGGAGCUCAAUAUUUGAAACAAUCGUCCAUUCUGACCGCAGUUAAAACUGUAAAGAAGUAGAAGAAACCUUAUAAGUCUAAUGUUGUUUUUUAAAUCAGUAGUACUGGUUUUUCUACUAUUUGUUAAGAUUGAUAUUUAUGAUAGAAAAAUAUAAUAUCCUUUA